GUUGGAUGCGUUGGAUUUUGACACGUCACGCUAUUUGUAUUGUGUUUGUGAUUGUGAAUUGUGAAGUGUGAGUGUGAAGUGAAUUGUCAAUUGUUAUAAACCUGUAUCUGGAAGAUAAUAUAAGUGAUAAGUGAUAUAAUAGUAAUAGUAAUAGAUAAUAAUUGUAAUUUGUAAUCAGUGUGUAAGGUACAUAAAUAAUUUCUAUCGAUUUAAAAAGAGUGUAAGAACAGUACGAAGGUGGUUGCCCUAUUUGCUAUCCUAAGGCAGUACAAUGGCGCAAGCAGUUAAUUCAAAUUCUUCUUCCCCAUUAUCUUUGGACAAUGAAGUCCUUAGAUCACUGCUUUUCUACUGCUCUAUUCUUGUUCUUAAGAUGAUGUUGAUGUCCUUUUUAACUGCUUCAAAGAGAUUUAAACAUAAGGCAUAUGCUAAUCCCGAAGAUGCCAAGCUAGAAAAUCUCAAGCCACAAGUAAAUGAAAAUGUGGAGAGAGUUCGAAGAGCUCACUUGAACGACGUUGAAAACAUUCCACUAUUCUUCGUGAUUGCUUUGAUUUAUACUUUAACCAAUCCUGCAGUGUAUUUCGCAAAAACGUUAUUUUUUGCAUAUACACUGGCAAGAAUCGGACACACUGUUGUGUAUGCUGUUGUUCCGAUUCCUCAACCAGCAAGAGUAUUGUGUUGGAUGGUUGGAUACGGCAUAACUGGAUAUAUGGGCGUUGUCAGUUUGCUUACCUUUAAAUAAGCAAUAAUUGUUAGUAAUUUUGUGAUAAAAUAUUUCUUUAAAAGACAGAUUUUUAUAGUUUUGUAAAAGAUUCAAAAUCUAAAACAUAAUAAAGGAAUUGGUUUUAUUCUU